AGACGUGUAUGAACAUGUUGGAGGGUAAUGAUGGUAUUGGUAUUUUUGGCUGUUGACCAGCAUCAUCAAUAUCCCGGAGGGAGAAUUCCUUUAGUGCCUCUCGCAUUUCCUUAUUCCAACAAUGAAGGGGAAGCCAGAGGUUAGCGCAUGAAAACACGGCAACAACAAGAAUCAGCUAAGGUUAAGCGUGCAUAUUUGAUGACUCCGCCGAGAUAAAGGCCUUCAGUGUAACAAAUAGUUUUUUGGCAUCGCCUUGCAACUUUCUUUUAAGGUCUUAUUCCUACAGUGCCAGGAAAGAACCAAAAAAAUGCAAGAGCCUUGACACCUCGAUAUUUACCGUUGAAGGUAGACCUAGAGAACCACCCCUUUUUCGUGACUUUUGUGACCCCGAAAGCCAUGAACUAUCGACAGUACGCCUCCACGAACGUACGUUACUACAACUGUGCUCAAACUUUAAGGAAUAGAAUAUCGCGAUCGGACAACCCAAGUCACAGCGCGGAGUCGUUCUUUCUGCUCCGCUUCGUUACCUCUGCAACUCGUCUGCCCCACCUACCCCGCACACUCUCCCAGCCCAUUGGGAAAGACGAAGAAGUGUCGCAGAACUUGAGCUGACUUGAUCCUGCGUGCCCAGAUCCACUACUCUUGGAGUAGUAGUAGUAUUUUUCAAUUUUUAUUUUAUUUAUUUAUUUUUAACGAUCUACGAAUGCUGACAUGGCCAUUUCGAUUUCUUUCCAUUGUCUGGGCUUCAUCGUGCUGGCAGCCGUGUUCAUACAGACCAUCACGGUUGUUGUUAGUUUGAUGUAUUUAAACAACGUGCUGAACACGAUGAGACGGAGCUUCUCCCACAGUAGCAUGUCAUGUUUGAUGGACGCCAAUCUGAGAUCCGCGCCCGGGCUUGAGGAUCCAGAGGACGAAGCGAAAAAGAGCGACCCCUGCUGGCCAAUCACGCAACAGCUCCACUACCGAAUAGAAAAGACUAUGGCUGAGAGACUCCAUAAGGACAUGUUCAUGCUGAAGAAAAAUAGGCUAACCGGGGGGCUUCCCGCCAUGUCCCCGACGGGGGUCCGUCGCGUUGUAGCGGCCCAUGUGACUGGCGUCCCCUGUUCCAGCCAACCAGAGGUUUCCCGGGGCAGCAGGGGGUACCUGGGGGAGCGCGUGGGGCCGUGGGAGGGUCACCGUGGCCUGGCCUUCCUCCAGAACAUGGAGCUGGGGGGCUGGGACCUGCUGGUUCCCCGGGCCGGCCUGUACUUCAUCUACUCCCAGACCUAUUUCAGACUGCCCUCGGUGGGGGAGGCAGCGGGGGAGGCCCGGCAGCAUGAAGACGCACAGCUGGUCCAGUACAUCUACAAGAAGAUGAGCUCCUACACCGUCCCCAUCCUGCUGAUGAAGUCCUCCCGCAGCGUGUGUUGGCCCCGGGGCCCGGAGCCGGGGCUCUUCUCCCUGCACCAGGCCGGCACCGCCCACCUGCAGCCCGCCGACCGUCUCUUCAUCACUGUCAGCAACGUCAGCACUGUAGUGAUGGACGGCAGGACCAGCUACUUUGGGGCCUUCCUUGUGGGUUAAUUGCUCCGUUCAGUCGACGUCAUUGGUUGAUCACAAGAGGAACAAUCAGGGCAAAGGCUUGGGUCUGUUUUGAAAUGGACUAAUUCCCAAAGAGCAGGCUGUGGGAUUUCACGUUAGUCUUUGUGGUAUGAACUACCAUGGGUGCUGGAUCCAUGCUGGAACUGUGAAACUGGGAAAAUAGACUUAAAGACUACGGAGAUGUUGGAAAUGUGGCACAUCUCCAAAUGUGGAAUAUCACCAUGGAUCAGCACUUUAGCACACGUUCAGUUUGUGUCCAUUUGAUGUGAAACAUCUUUGUUAAUACACUGUAUUCAUCGUUUUUUAAACAUUUUGUUAAUUGAGAAGAAAUUAUAGUGAUGCAGAAAAUCAGUUAGCCAUUAGAUGUGGUGGAAACUUGAUCUGCUUCAGAAAUGAAACAUGAUUCACAGCCAUUAUUCUGAAAGGCAGUGUUCUCAAUUCGUUGUUUAAUUAGCAUAAUGUCUUUACACCGUUUACUGGCUUUAAGCAGACACGUUUUGUUCCAUGUUAAAUUAUAAGGAUAUGGAAACAUUGCAGUUCUUGCCAGUUGUUGGAAAAUGUUUCUUAAUGCAAUGAUGUGUAACACGAAUACAAGCUAUUCAGUGGAUAGUUAUCUAAUUGGUGUUCCCCUACUGAACAUGACUCAACAGGGUUAUGCUAUGAAAUAUGAAGA